AUGAAUUGCAAUCGUGCUUUCACUAAUCACAAUUCUAUAGCACAAAAUGAUUUAAAUUCAAAUAAGAAUGAUGAUAAACAUAGAAAUGAAGAUUCAUAUUCCAAAAAACAGAUGCAAAAACAAGAAAAAAAGUUGAACCAAGUUGAGACCUAUAAUGUGACUUAUCCUUCCAAUGAUAAAAGAUUGAUAGAUAAUUCACCCACAAUAUUUACAGUAAAAAUCCAUUCAAUUCUACAGAAAGAUAAUUUUAACGACAUUAAAAAGGAUAUUACUGAAAAUGACACUAAUAAAAAGACAAUGUCUGAUGUAAGCUUCUCUCUAGAUCAUAAUUUAGAUGUUAAUGAUAUACAGCAGCCGUUACAAAAAGAUAUUCCUCCAAAGACAGAAUCGAUUUCCAUCAAAAAGGAUAACGUCCAUUCCAGUUCAAUAUGUCAUAAUUGUAAAACAGACACAACGCCUUUAUGGGGACGGAAUAAAAAUGGCAACACCUUAUGUAACGCGUGUGGGUUAUUUUUAAAAUUGCAUGGAACUUCAAGACCCAUAAAUUUAAAAACAAAUGUAAUAAAAUCAAGAAAUAGAAAGUCCAAUAGUCAUAAUAAAAACUGUGUUGUUAAUAAAAUACUUAAAUUAAAUUUCCAAUCAAAUCAUCCUUUUUGGAAUAAUAACAAUGAUAAUUUCUGUAAAUCACUAUCCAAACAAUAUAUGAGAGAUUUGGAAAUUUUAUCUUCAAGAGAUUUUGAUUCAGUAAAAAGAUUUAAAACUUCUUUAACUAGAGAUCAAAAUUUUAACAAACUUGGGCCAGCAUCACUAAUAAAAACUACAAAGAGUAUUAAACCUCUAUUAAGACCUAAACCAAUACAAUCUGAAAUAGAAAAUUAUUUCAACUCAAGAAGGCUUUUAUACCCAUCAAAAUUUGAAAAAAAUCGAGUAAAAGUAACUCAUUAUCUAUUCCUUCUUUACUAG